AUGACGGGCCGGGCCAAGCAAAACUUCCGGCAGAUGCUUCGGUCUACGAACAAGAAGAUGUCGAUGCUGCUCUCGAUGAUCGCAGGACGAUGCUCCGCAGAUGGUCAAGAGCGGCUUUUGGACGUGCUUCGUCGCUUGCGCAGUCGCGACUAA